UCCCGGUCACACCCCCCAACUCCGCUUGCCCUAAGCACUCUCUCCGGAUCCCGUCCCGCCGCCGCCGCCCGCGCUCUCUCUGCAGUCUGCACUCACCGCGAUCCGGCCGCCCUCCCUGUCCGCGUUCCGAGGUCAUGGCGCCGGCCUGCGCCACGGCGUGCUUCACGGGUAUCACAGUUGCCGGGAACACCGCCACCCUGGUGCAGAGUAUCUUGGAUCUUGUGGACCGAUUCAAGGCCAUGCUGCGAUCCAAAGCGGAGGAGAUCGUGGUCGACUGCUCCGAGUGCGGCGUGCCAUUGACCAAGAAGGAUCUAAACAGCGAUGACAAGGUGGAGGAGAUCAAGGCCGAGCUGCAGAUCGUGCUCAAGGAAGCCAUGGACAAGCAGAGGGAGAAAGACCGUGCUGCGACCAACGCACGACUCAAGACCAUGAUCCUCAAAGAGUGUCCGUUCAAAGGCUGUGACGAGGCCUUCCUCUCCAGAAGGGAACUUAAGUUCCACUCCAAGAACUGUCACUGGGCCAGAGACAUCAACCACCUCAAAAUGGAGUGAAGACCGAGGCUUAAGCAAUGCCCGUUCUGGAGGAGGCCUGAACAACAAGGCGAUCAAAAUUAAUAAUUAGUAUUGCUACAUAUUCAUCAAAAAAUGAUUCCUGAAAUUCUUGCCACUGCAAAUUUUGUCUACUGGUGGCUAUCGUAUACACCUUUGAACGAGCCAUAAUAUUAGUAGAGGAGAACAUUGUCCAGUUUUUCUGUCACAACAAUGAAUAUCCAUGUGGUGGUAGACUUUAAUCUGUUUGAUUGGGUGG